AUGUUACCCGAACUUCUGCUCAUUGUAGCAGUAAGAGCGGGUUUCACUUGGGGACAGGUACUGGUACCACCGUAUACCAAUCUGGCACUUGGUAGGAAAAUUGAAGCAUCCUCAACAUGUGGUGAGCUUAACGGACAACCGAUAAAGGAAAUUUUUUGUCAGAUAGCUGGUUCAAGUCAAUAUACUCCUUUAAAUCAAUAUUCGUACAGUACCGAUGAGGAUGGCGUUUCCGUUUUUGCUGAACUUAAAAUGGAAAAACAAUCGUUUGUUCAGGGUGGGCAAAUGUGUGAUUUUUGUCAAUCAAAUAGUUCAUUUGCACAUCCAGCAACAAACAUGGUUGAUGGCAGAGCAAGCUGGUGGCAGAGUCCUCCAUUAAGCCGUGGGAUGCAGUACAAUCAAGUUAACAUUAGUAUUAAUUUGGAGCAGGAAUUUCAUGUGGCUUAUGUAUGGAUCCAAAUGGCAAAUAGUCCUCGACCAGGAUCAUGGGUGCUAGAAAGAUCGGUUGAUGGCGGUGAAACUUAUAUGCCUUGGCAGUAUUUUGCUGAAACGCCUGCUGAAUGUGAUCGGUUAUUCGGACGUCAUACGCUCCAACCAAUAUUAGAAGAUGAUACUGUUAUAUGCACCCAUGAAUUCUCCGGAAUUCAUCCAAUGGAAAAUGCAGAGAUAAUGAUAAAUCUGCUUGAGAGCCGACCAGGAAAACACAACUUUAGUCAUUCUGAAAUUCUUCAAAACUUCACUCGUGCAACAAAUGUACGACUUCGGCUUCUACGUACCAAAACGCUGCACGGCCAUCUGAUGGAUGUGAAUCGACGAGAUCCCACUGUCACACGACGAUAUUUCUAUGCGAUUAAAGAAAUCUUCAUGGGAGGCCGCUGUGUUUGUAAUGGACAUGCGGACACUUGUGAUAUUCUUGAUGUUCGACGUUCUAAUAUACUCCUUUGCAGGUGUGAACAUAAUACUUGUGGCGAUCAUUGUGAAUACUGUUGUCCAGGAUUUGAACAGAAAAUGUGGCGAAGAAGCAAGGAGGGCGCUGAAUUUGAGUGUGAACCGUGUAAUUGUCAUGGACAUAGCGAGGAAUGUGUUUAUGAGAAAGAACUUGACAGAAUGCAUUCAAGCUUAGAUAUUCAUAGAAAUUACGAUGGAGGCGGUCGUUGUCUAAAUUGCAGAGACAAUACAGAAGGCAUAAAUUGUAAUAAAUGCACCUUUGGUUACUAUCGGCCACGAACGAAAUGGUGGAAUGAAACAGAUGUGUGUCAAUCUUGUGUGUGCGAUCCGGCAAAACAUACAGGAGAUUGUGAGGAUGAAACAGGUCGUUGUAUUUGUAAGCCUCAGUUUACCGGGGUGGAUUGUGAUAGAUGUGCACCUGGUCACUAUUCACCUCCAGAAUGUAAACCUUGCGAUUGUUUUGUAAAUGGCACUUUGGAUCAUAUUUGCCUGCCUGACAAUGGACGUUGCCCAUGUAAAAGUAAUUAUGGCGGAGAGCUCUGCCAAGUAUGCGCACCGGGUUAUACAAAUCUCAUAGCCGGCUGUAUCUCUUGCAAAUGUGAUGAACUCGGAUCGCUGCAUAAUAAUUGUAAUGAAAGCACAGCACAGUGUAUGUGCAAAACCAAUUUUGCUGGGCUUACGUGUGACAGUUGCGCUGAUGGAUAUUUCGGAGAUUCCCUGUGUGAAUAUUGCGAUUGUGAUGCAACUGGUACGGAAGAGAGUAUUUGUGACAAAGAGACUGGUGCUUGCUUGUGUAAAUUUGGAUUCUCUGGUUCUCGAUGCGAUGAGUGCAACCUGAACUUUUUUGGUUAUCCAUACUGCAAAGAAUGUGACUGCAAUGAACAUGGCUCAAAGACAGCAGAGUGUGAUCGAAAAAAUGGUGAUUGUCCGUGUUAUGCAAAUUUCACCAGUAAAAAAUGUGAUCGUUGUGCUGCUGGAUUUUAUGAUUUCCCGAACUGCAAGCCAUGUUCAUGUCUGCCUAUUGGCUCUAAAGGAAUGACUUGCGAUAAUAAUGGACAGUGUUACUGUAAACCAAAUUUCCAAGGUGAAAGGUGUGAUCAAUGCAAAACGAAUUUCUACAAUUUUCCAAUCUGUGAAGAAUGUAAUUGCAAUCCUAAGGGCGUAGUGGCUGGUUUUGCCGGUUGUGAUAAGGUUGAACCGGGUGAAUUAUGUACCUGCAAAAUGCAUGUUAUGGGUCGCAUAUGUGAUCAGUGCAAACCGACCUACUGGGAUUUGCAAUAUCAUCAUGAAGAUGGUUGUGUACAAUGUGAUUGCAAUUUGAAUGGCACACUUUCGGGAUUGAACGAAUGCAGCACUGAGGGAGGACAGUGCAACUGUAAAAAACAUGUUAUUGGUCGUCGAUGUGAUAAAUGUGCCGACGGGUUUUUUCAGCUCGAAGUGCAUAAUCAGUUUGAAUGUCAAGCUUGCAAUUGCGAUGUCGGUGGUGCGUUGGGAAUUGGCUGCGAUAUGGAAACAGGAGAAUGCCGUUGCAGACCUCGAAUCACUGGUCAGAAGUGUGACAGACCCAUAGAAAAUCAUUAUUUCCCAACACUAUGGCACAAUAAAUAUGAAGCGGAAGACAGCAUAUCAAUGGAACAGAAUCCCGUGCGUUUUGCCAUCGAUAAAAACAAAUUUCCAAAAUAUUCAUGGAGAGGAUAUGCAGUAUUCUCACCGAUCCAAGAAGACAUUUUGUUGGAUAUAGCAGUUAGCAAAGCCAGUCUUUAUCGUCUUCUUUUUCACUACGUUAAUCCAACCGAUGUUCAAAUUGAUACCAGAGUUGUGGUGAUGCCCCUUUUUACGCACACUCAAGAUGUGGAGCAAAGAGUCAGAUUGAAUCUUCCACCAACAUCCGAGCCAACAACCAUAGCCAUCAAUGCCAAACAACCAUUCAUCUUAAAUCCUGGAAAAUGGCGCAUUAAGAUUUCAACCAAACAACGACUUUUUUUGGAUUACAUCGUACUACUACCUUCAGAAUAUUAUGAAGGGACAGUGUUGAAGGAGCGUAUUUUUGAACCUUGUAAAGCACUUAAUUCGCAGAAUACAACAUGUUUUGAUUCGUUGUAUCCACCACUCCCAAUUGCAUCACGAGCAGAAAUCAUCGAAGGUGGACUUAUCAUGGAAGAACAAAAUGAUGGUAGUACAAUACAAGUUGAAAAGAUUCCGAUAGAGAACUUGCCUGCAAUCGUUGAUGAAGCAACAUUUGUGCAAUCUGACGGUGAAGGUCGUAAAAUUCGCGUAUCCUUAAAGGUACCAGAAGAUGAUCACUAUAUUUUUUUGUUGGAAUACUACAACGAAGACCCAAAAACAAUUCCAUUAACUUUGGAAGUAAAGCAAUACGAUCAGCUUCUAUUGAAAGAAAACAUUACUCUUAAACACUGCCCAUAUUCAACAUUUUGUCGCGAUAUCGCAUUAUCUGAUGCAGGCAUUGCAUUAAUACGUUUGAAAGAUGGAGAAGACGUAGAAAUUACACUGACUGUUGAACCAAAACAUGAAUUUGGUUUAGCUGUAGCUAAUCUUAUUAGGAUGAAAGAUUGGGACGUCAGCUAUCUUCAACAAGUUCCUGUAUGUAUCCGUAAAAAUGGACACUGUAUCAAUCAGUGGUUUCCUCCUGUAGCCAACGGCAUUCUGAACGAAGCUGAGUCACAAAUGAAUGCGAAUAAUUCAAUCAUUGGUGAAAAGUUGCCAUUUAUGAUUGCCAAUCCGAAAGAAGUUCAAGUCAUGGCACUCGAUGAAAAUAUGGGUACAGUAGAAGUAUCUGGAGUAGUGCCAUCUCAUGGUCAUUAUGUUUUUAUAGUACAGUACUUUAAUCCGGACAACACGUUGCUAACUAUAGAUGUUACGCUCCAGAAUGGACAUCUUCAUCACGCAGAGAUACCAUUUUCCUACUGUCCAAGUGUUAUUGGUUGUCGGGCAGUAAUUCGAGACAAAGAACGUCCAGAUGUGAUACAGUUUUUCAUUGAUGAUAAGUAUACUGCGUCAUUUUAUUUCAACGAAAGCCAAAAAGGACCACUAUACAUUGACUCGAUAACAUCAUUACCAUUUCAUUCAUAUAGCGAUACAUUACUGACCCCAUUACCUGUUGAUGUCUCAAUGCAGUAUAUACAAGAAUGCAGUUCGAAUAAUUUCAAAAAUGACCCAUCAAAUGUAAGUGAAUACUGUCGGCAGAAAGUAUUUUCUUUAACUUCCGAGUACAAUAUGGCAGCUCUUCCGUGUGAAUGUAGUUCUCAAGGCAGCACAAGUUUUAUGUGCAAAGAAUAUGGUGGCGAGUGUUCCUGCCGACCGAACGUAAUAGGACGUCAAUGUGAUCGUUGCGCACCCGGCUAUUAUAGUUUCCCGAAUUGCAUUAAAUGUAGAUGUCCAGACAAUCACUUGUGCGAUGAGAACACUGGUCAAUGUUUCUGUCCACCACAUGUACAGGGGAAACAUUGCGAUAAUUGCGUACCCUAUGCCUUCGGUUAUGAUCCUCUGAUUGGUUGUCAGCUGUGUGGCUGUCAACAAAAUGGCUCAGAAGCCCGACAGCUUCAAUGUGAUCCAGAUAAUGGACAGUGCCUGUGUAAAGUCAAUGUUGGUGGCAGAAAGUGUGACAAAUGUUUGCCAGGUUUCUACGGCUUUCCACAUUGUUACGAAUGUGCGUGCGAAAUAAAGGGUACCACGGAAGAAAUUUGUGAAGCAACCAAUGCAGCUUGUAAGUGCAAAAAAAAUGUAAUUGGUGAGAAUUGCGAUAUUUGUCGGCCUGGUACUUUCGACUUACGUGCAUCAAACUCUGAUGGAUGUGCGGAGUGUUUCUGCUUUGGUGCAACCGAUCGCUGCCGAUCUUCAUUUUUUCCCGUUACUUUUGUUAAUUUCGAUGAAGAAGCAUGGAAAGUGUAUCCAAAUGAUUCUGUGAUAUAUUCGCAUGGUAAGGUGAUAUAUGAAGCAAAAACUGAUAGCAAAAACGAUGUUUAUUUCUUGGCUCCAAUAGGAUCGGGCUACGACUUCACCAUUUCUUAUGGUUUACAACUAUCUUUCGUGAUAGUAUCGAAUCCGCGAGAUGGUGAAACCAAAAUGAGCUCUGCACCUGAUGUUCAGUUGGUUGGAAAUAGCACAAUUCUGGAUUUUUGGGCAAGAGAACAACCAGCUAAUCCGCGAAUGCCAUUCAGUGUUGAAAUCAAACUUUUGCCCGAAAACUUCAUGGAAUCGACAGGGGAACCAACGACUCGUGAUACUCUGAUGAUGGUAUUGCAUGACUUAGAUGAACUUAGGAUUAAGGCUUGUUACUAUAUAAAUUGCGAAUUGGCGGCAGUUAGCGAAUUACAGCUUGAAAUAGCUAAAGAUGAUCAAACCAUUGAUGAUAGUUACACAGCUUCUUCUGUCGAAAUCUGUCAGUGUCCACCACCUUAUAAUGGACUUUCUUGUCAGCAAUGUUCUCCUGGUUAUUACCGCGUCAAGAAUGGUCGCUUUCUUGGUUCUUGUGUUCCUUGUGAUUGUAAUGGUCACUCUGGAAGCUGCGAUCCGACAACUGGAAUUUGCUUCGAUUGUGAGCACGACACUUUUGGCGAUCAUUGCGAAUUUUGUCGAGUGGGUUUUUAUGGUGAUGCUACCAAAGGAGGACCUUAUUCAUGCUUGCCAUGUGCUUGUCCAUACGCUACUGAUACAAACAACUUUGCAACAAAUUGUCAGGUCAGUGAAACAGGACUGUUGAAAUCAUGCUUCUGUAAGAAAGGAUAUACUUCUGAUCGCUGCGAGCGAUGCGAUGUUGGCUAUUAUGGUCAGCCUACUGCAGUCGGUGGAUUUUGUCAUAAAUGUGACUGCAAUAAUAAUAAUGAUCUUAGUGUGGAUGGUUCUUGUCAUCCUAUAAUCGGUGAUUGCUAUCUUUGUCUAAAUAAUACCGAUGGUGCACAUUGCGAGCAUUGCAAACCGUGGUUUUAUGGUGACGCUGUGGAGGCUAAAAAUUGUACAGAUUGUUCAUGCAAUCAGUGCGGUAGUUUAUUAUGUGACAACAGAUCUGGAAGAUGUGAAUGCUUAGCUAAUGUAGAAGGAAAAAAGUGCGAUCGUUGUGUGGCGAAUGCAUGGGGUUUCAUGCAUUGUCACGGUUGUGAAAUGUGCAACUGUGCAUUAGCAUCAUCAAGUCCGCAAUGUGAUGCUGAAACCGGACAAUGUUCCUGUAUGCCCGGAGCUGCUGGACAAAUGUGUGAAAUCUGUGAAUACGGCUACUGGAAUUAUGGACCAACCGGAUGCUCCAAAUGUGAUUGUGAAGCAGAUUUAUCAAUGGGAACUGUGUGUGAUGUUGACACAGGGCAAUGUCAUUGUCAAGAAGGUGCUACCGGACCUCGAUGCGAUCAGUGUGCUUCACAGUACCUGCGAAUACCAAAUUUUGGAUGUCGAUUGUGCGAUGAAUGUGUUCACUCAGUGAUGCAUGAUCUGGAUAGGCUAGCUGAUACUGUUGAUUUUGUUAAUGAAACAAUCAACAAUAUUUCAACAACUGCUCUUACGGGUACACGUCUUAAACACAUUCAUAAGAAAAUUGAUGACGUGAAGCCGAUAGUUACAAAUCAUAUGGACUCAGCGUCUGAUAUGGGUGUGAAAAGUUUGAGGAACGAUAUAUUUGGUGCAAUUUCUGAUGUUAUUAGUGUGGUUGUUCGUGCAAAUCGAUCCUUGGAUACACUUAGUGCUAUCAAUAAUACUGUGAAUGGCAUCAUCAAUAGAACUAAUAUCCUUCCGGCAGAUGUGUUUGAUCGUGUUGAAAUGGCUGCAUCAACUGUUGAUUCCUUAAAAAAUCUCGCCUUCUCACUUGGCAAAGAUUCCAGUGCCAUAGAUCGUCAAAAAUGGUUAAUGGAUUCAACCUCAUAUUUACAAAAAAUCCUCGAUGUUGAGAAUGAUAAAGAGACGAGGAAACGAGUGGAAGAUGCAAAUGAUGAGACGCAAAAAUUGUUAAAACGUAUGAGAGAGCUAAAGGAUGAAGAAAAUGCGAUACAUGCAAGAUAUUUUAAUAUAAGGGAUCAAAUGAACGAAUUAAUAAAUAACAUUACGGAAUACCACUCUCUUCUUUAUCAAGUGAACAGUUCGGUUGGAAAUACUCUGCAGCGAGUGAAUAACUCAAAUAUACGACAUAUAAAUUCGGUGCAAGCUGGCGUAAAAGCAGGUGAAACGAAGAUAAAAGAAACUCAUACAAUUAUCAGCAGUCUCACAGCAACUUCUGAAACUUUCAUUGAAUCACUAAGUAAUCUGAACAAAGCGCUUCGUAAAGUAAUGAGCAAUGUUCAGGAUUUGUUCGAUGAACUAAGCGCCAUGAAUGGCAAAUAUCGUCAAAGGCGGAUACGUAACAUUAAUAAGAAUGAAUACAGAAACAAGUCGGAAGAACUGGAAAAUGAAGCAUUGUUUUUGUCUUCUUUGUUUAGUAGAACACGAACUGAAGCAAAGAAUGCAAUAGUAGCCGCUAAUGGAUAUAAAGAAUUGUUGGAACACUUGAAAAAAGCACGAAAUAUGACAAAUCAGGCAUCUCUAAAUACAGAACAAGCUAGAAAGUUCCAUGAAGAAAGAGCGGUGGCAUCAGCGAAAACACUUCUUGAGCAAUCAGCUGAUUUACUUCGCUCUGCUGUAGAUCUAAAACAGUCAAGCGUAAAUAAUGUAGAUAGCCUGAAAGUUGUUUUCGUGGAAAAAGCGUCAGAAUUACAAUUCCUCAUCGAGAAGCAGAAAGGAACCCUUGAAAGCCUUCGCCCUAAAUUCGAUGAUGGAGAAGUGAAUGCAAAACUAGAACAUUCUUUAACCACUUCGGAAGAGGCAAGAACAAGAAUUGAUAACACCAUUUUUUUAUUUGAUCGGUUCAAGCCUGAUUUGGAAGAAAUAAUUGGUCGUAGCGAGAAGUUCAUUGGGUCAAUUUUGAUUUCUGCUAACGAUGUGGAUACUGCUAGGGAGCAAAUUUCAAAGCUGGUAAACGAAAGUUCACCGAUGAUGGAAGAGCUAGAAAUGCAAAGGAAAGCUGCUUCAAAUACUUCGGCAACAAUAGAACAUUGUCGUGAAAAGCUAAAUUUGUUAAAAGAAAAGAUCGCUCUCACGCGAGAUUUGGCCAACAGGAUCAAAUUGGGCGCACAUUUCGAAAAAGGAAGCAUUUUGGAGUUGCCACUGCCUCCGCGAAUAACACGUUCUGCGGCUUAUACUAACAUCGAAUUUUUCUUCAGAACAACAAACACUAGUGGUUUAAUAUUAUUCUUUGGUAAUGAACUUGGCGUUGCUGGAACUCGUGCUGUGCCAACCGAUGACUACGUUGCUGUUGAAGUAGAAAGAGGUCGUUUGAGGGUAGUUGUUAAUCUUGGUGAUACACCCACGCAGUUAAUCUCAGAUUCCUCAGUUGCUGACGGCAACUGGCGAAAGGUUGCUGUAGAUCGUAUUGGUAAAACAAUUACACUACGAGUAUCGUCACCAAAUUCAGCAAGUUAUGAGGAGGAAAAAAUGCGAACCAUAGGUGGCUUCAAAUCGGUUCUCAAUCUCCAUCAAAAGAAAAGUCGCUUAUUUAUCGGUGGUAUUGUUCCCGGUGUCAAUAUUUCACCAGAUGUACAUAGUCGUGAGUUCGUUGGUGACAUCGAAGAUUUACGUAUUCACGGUGAAACGGUCGGUCUCUGGAAUACUAAAAAAGGAGGUAAUUACAAUGUGGAAGGUGCGAAGAAAAAAAUUUUUGCUGCUUCAUCGUUGACUGAUGAAAUUGCACUGAGCUUUAAUGGAGACGGAUACGUUGUCCACAAGCUGGGUAUUUGGAAUCCACGAAAACAAACAAUUUUUUCUUUGACUUUUCAGACAUAUUCUCCUGACGGACUAUUCUUAUACCUUGGAAAAGAACGCGAUUUUCUAUCUCUUGAACUGCAAGAUGGUAGAGUGAAGCUCUCAUUUGAUUUUGGUUCGGGAGUUGGAAGACUGACAAGUACUGGUAGUAAUUACAACGAUGGUAAGCCUCAUUCCGCGUACGUGUACCGGUUAGAACGUCAUGCUCGUAUGCAAAUUGAUGAUAAUGAUGUUUCGGAAGGUGAUUCACCUGGCACAAUGUUCGAACUCAGUUUAUCCGAUGUUUUUUAUUUGGGCGGUGUUCCCUCUGAUGUUUCGACACGCACAACGGUUGUGUCAAUGAAUGGUUGUAUAGAACAUGUAAAACUGGACAAUCUCUUAAUGGACUUAAGUAAAUCAAGAACUGCGAAGGGGGUGCAGCUAGGAUGCAACGCUCGACAUGUGCGAGUUAUAUCAAUGGUAUCGGAACGUUCCACUGCUACUUUCAGUAGUUUCAAUGCUAAAAAAGGUUAUCUUGAGAUGGCAUUCCGAUUUAAAACAAGCCGACCGUCUGGAAUCCUUGCAUCGGUUAUUUCGGACGAACAGGAAGUCUUGUUGCAACUCCGUUACCAAGAUGGAUUUAUUUCGGCUGAGUACGGAUCUGAUAACAAGGAUGUUGCUGAAAUCGAAUUCAGAUCAGUCGCUGAUGGUCAGUGGCAUUACUUCGCAACUAUAGUGAAACCGAAAACUAUACGACUGGAUGUGGAUGAUCUUUACUCAAGUGAAAUCUAUAGGACUAUCACUGAUAAUGAGGUGAUCGGUGUACCGAUUAUUGUGCAGUUUGGUCAAUCGCUUGAUUCCAAUCUACAUUUCGAAGGUUGCAUUGGUGAUGCAACAUACAACGGUCAAUUACUCGAUUUUGCUGAGGCAUCAACUAAAGGAGUAAGUCUAACAGGCUGUUCUUUUCCGGAAGAUCUCUCGACGACAGAUUUCCUUCCUGGACAAGCAACAACAAAUGAACCUGUGCAUGUCGUCAUACCUGGGACCAACAAUACUCAGCUAUUGGUGACAGAAACUGCUGGAGAAUUCACUGCAGAAAAUAGAAUAUCAUCAGGAAAAUUAAGAAGAAUUGCUCGCAAGCCAAACGAAUGCGCACUUCUGAGAAGAUCGUUCGGAGAGAGACCAGACUCCAGUGGUAUUCGAUUUGGUUUGUCUCCUUCAUCACGUCUUGAGUUUGAUAAACCACCUGCUUCUUUUGAUAAAAACAGUCUCUUCUCGGUACAAUUGCGUGCUACAGCAUCAAAUGGAAUAAUUAUGUUCACGACAAAUUAUAAGCAUACUGAUUACUUAGCUUUAUAUGUCGUCAAUGGCAUUGUCCAUUUCGCUUAUAAUUCGGGAUCAGGACAAGCUAUUCUAAAAUCAAAUAGAACUGUGAUGGAUGAUGAGUGGCACAGUAUAAGAGCGGAGCGCGAAGGCCUUGCGGGAACGUUAUAUAUCGACUCCGUAAUGGAAGCAAAUGGACAGUCUCCUCCUGGAACCGACGCAGUUGAUACUCAACCACCUAUCUAUAUUGGUGGACUUCCACCAGAUCUUGUACCUUUUGCAUCCAGAAUAUUACCGGGUGCUAAAUCGGUUUUUGGUGGAUGUUUGAGAGAUUUCAAGCUUAACGAAAUGAAGUUUGAUGUACCACCAGCAGAGAUUGGUACAGUGCCAUGCAGUCAAUACAUCGAAGAAGGAUUAUAUUUCGGAGAGAAUGGUGGCUACGCUAUAUUAAACAAAAACCUGAAGGUUGGGUCAUCGUUCAAUAUUGAGUUAGAAGUGCGACCGCGAAUAAAAACUGCUGUUUUGUUGUCGGUUGGUAUUCUGGAAUAUUUAACACUUCAGUUCAUCAAUGGCACUGUUAAAUUUACAGUGGAUAAUGGUGCAGGUCCGGAGACGGUCACACACGUACCAAGCAUGACCAAUGCUCUGUGCGACGGGCACUGGCAUCACAUAAAGCUUUACAAAACGAAGAAUUUGAUGACUUUGACUGUCGAUGGAAGAAGUAAUUUAAGCAUAAUGAAGAAAGGAAAAAAAACGGACACAAAUACGAAGGAUCCACUAUAUUUGGGCGGCGUUUUAAAAGGCACCAGAUCGAGAGGCCUAGAAACAACAGAGGGAUUUCUGGGCUGUGUUCGUGUUUUGAAUGUGGGAAAGAAACCGCGGAAACGAAAAAACGUUGACUUAUCACAAGUGUCUAAAUUUGGUGAUAUUACGAAUUCUUGUCCAGUUAAUUAA